AUGGCCGUGUCCAUCUCUCAACUGGCCUUUGAGCAUCACCGCGUUGCCCUUGGAAUUGCGGAGACCAAGCCUCGCAUUUCAUGGCGCUUCAGCGGCCACGCUCGAAACUGGGUACAAUCCUCUUACGACAUCCAGAUCAGCCGCGAUGGACAUGCCCAUGCCUCGGCAUCGUGCUACUCGACCGCCUCUUCCCAGUCUAUGUACGUCCCAUGGCCCAGUGAGCCGCUCAAGGCCACAGAGCGUGCGAAGGUCCGCGCCAGGGCAUAUGGCAACAAUGGCCAGUCGCCGACUCCCUGGUCUGACUGGGUUACUGUCGAGGCGGGACUCUUGACGAUCGAGGACUGGGCCGGUGCCGUACCUGUCGCCGCGGACCGCGAGACCGAGGUCGAUGGCCCAAAGAAACCCAUUUACUUUCGCAAGUCGUUCCUCGCUGGCCAUGACAUCGAGUCUGCGCGGCUAUACAUCACGGCGUUGGGCUUAUAUGAGGCCGAGAUUAACGGCAAGAGAGUCGGCGAUGCAGUUCUUUCGCCGGGGUGGCAGUCGUUCAACUACCGUCACGUGUAUGAUACGUACGACGUCACGGCCCUGAUCAAAGAUGGAGACAAUGCAAUUGGCGUCAGCAUCGGCGAGGGCUGGUUCGCAGGCAGGAUCUCAUUCUUAGAGAAACGCAACCUCUGGGGAGACACACUCGGCGUCCAGUCGCUGCUCAUAGUGACGCUCAAGAAUGGGAGCACCAUCAAAGUCCCCACAGAUGAGUCCUGGAAAGCAAACACGGGUCCCAUCGUGCAGUCGGAGAUAUACAACGGAGAGUCUUAUGAUUCUCGUUGGCUUGCCGUCAAGAAACUCUCACCGCUCAAGGGCAAGCUCGUGCCUGCAGACGGACCACCGGUUCGAAAACUUGAAGAGAGAAAGCCCGAGCGCAUCUUCAAGUCUGCGUCUGGAAAGACCCUCAUAGACUUGGGCCAGAAUAUGGUCGGAUGGCUUCGACUCAAUAACGUUGAAGGCCCCAGUGGCACCACCAUUACCCUUCGCCACGCCGAGGUCCUAGAAAACGAAGAGCUAGCGCUAAAGGCAUUGCGAUCUGCCAAAGCAACGGACACCUUUAUCCUGAAUGGAAACGGCAAGCAGACGUGGGAGCCGCACUUUACAUUUCACGGCUUCCGGUUUGCGCAGAUUGAUGGAUGGCCAAAGGACCAGCCCCUGUCUCAGGAUUCCAUUACGGGCAUCGUUGUCCACAGCGACCUCGAGCAGACGGGCUGGUUCGAGUGUUCGCACCAGCUCCUAAACCAGCUACACUCCAACCGCGCUGAGCGCCUUGGCUGGACCGGCGAUGCCCAUGUUUUUGGACCGACUGCCAACUUCCUCUACAACACGGCUGGCUUCUGGCGGGGCUGGCACAAGGACAUGUACUCUGAAAUGCAGCGGCAGGGUUCUAUGAGGGUUCCUUGGUUUGUUCCCACCGUACCGCCGGACAGCAACAACCCGCCUGGCGCCGUCUGGGGCGAUGUUUCGGUCGGCGGCCCCUGGAACCUUUUCCAGGCCUUUGGAGACGUCGGCAUGCUCAAGGAGCAAUACCCUCAGUCAAAGGGCUGGAUCGACAAGGGCAUCCCCCGCCAAGCAGACCGUCUCUGGGACCGCAGCGGUCAUCAGUUCGCAGACUGGCUCGACCCCAAGGCACCCCCUGAAGACCCCGGCGCCGCAACGACAGCCAAGUAUCUCGUUGCUGAUGCGUACUUGGUACGCAUGACGGAGUUGCUCGCCAGCAUGUCCACUGUCCUUGGCGAUAAGGCCGGCGCAGCCGAAUACCGCAAGCAGCACGCCGACCUCCGGACCAAGUUCCAGCAGGCGUGGAUCAAGGACGGUCAGAUGACCAAUCGUACGCAGACGGCUUAUGCUCUCGCCCUCGAGUUUGGCCUCUACACCGACGACAAGCAGAGGUGCGCCGCAGCAGACACUCUCCGCGAUAUCGUCUCCAAGAACGACUAUCUCGUCGGCACAGGCUUGGCUGGAACACCCGCCCUCGGCCCAGCAUUGCGCGACAUUGGCGCCGCCGACGACUUUUACAAGAUGCUCCUCCAGACCAAGGCCCCGUCCUGGCUGUACCAAGUCGUCCAGAACGGGACUACUACAUGGGAGCGCUGGGACAGCCUCCUACCCGACGGGCACGUCAACACGGAUUCCAUGACGAGCUUCAACCACUACGCCUUUGGCGCCGUCGCCGAUUGGAUUCACCGCACCAUCGGGGGUCUCGCACCCGCGGAGCCAGGCUGGCGAAUCGUCUCCGUGGAGCCCGUCCCCGGGGGCGGCAUCACGCGCGCUGACACAAAGUAUAUCAGCGGGUACGGCGAGGUACGCGCAAAGUGGCAGGUCGACGGUGGCAAGUUCAAGCUGCAGGUCUGGGUGCCGCCGAAUGCGCGCGCAAGGGUCAAGAUGCCCAAGAGCGGAAAGGUCAAGGAGGUGGGAUCUGGGUUCUACGAGUUUCAAGAGGCUGGACAUUACUACGGCAGGCUAUAG